AUGGGUACAACUAAUGGGUAUGUGGGUGGAUACUAUGGUAGACUACAACCAGGAACAAGACUUGAAGCGGAGUUAUGGGCAUUGUACAAGGGAUUAACAAUCAUUCUUCAAAAAGGAUUAAGCAAUGUGACUAUAGAGAUAAGUGCAACCCAUGUAGUGCAAUUGAUGGAGGAUGAAUCAGGGGACAAAUGUCCUUUCAAGAACAUGGUGGAAGACGCCGAAACCCUACUUAGAGGAUGCAAUUACGCUAUCCAACAUGUUUGGAAAGAAAGAAACCUUUGUGUUGAUGCAAUGGCCAAGUUUGGAGCAGCACAACUUGAAGACAUAAUAGUGGUGAAUGAACCACCAGUUAAGAUCAAGAGUCAGCUUGUUGCAGACAUGGUAGGAAUGUCUAGGGAACGGGCUUAG